GCUUCUUGCUGGACACUCCCCGGAGGCAAACACCCUUGUUUUCAGACUCGAGGGUUUCGGCUUAUGAGGGUUUGUAAGCCAGAUUUGAUCGUGCUUCCUCUCCAAUGUCCACUCGCGGAGUGCAUGCUGAAAAGCUUCUCCCCAACAGUAGUACCACUGUCGCAGCGCUUUGUCUCGCCUUGCUCUUCUCCGUCACAGACGGUUUGACGUUCCUGUCCAUGUCAAAGGCCUCACAUGGGCACGUGGGCGGCGCAGAAACAAAAUUCAAGAAUCAGCCCCUGUUUUUGUAUCAGCUACAACCCUUUGGUUUGGCGUGUAGCAAUAUUCAUAUGAAACUUUUUGGUGGAAAUGCACUGCAUCGCAGCGCACAUUGCAGAGGGCGGGCAAGCAAGCCGGCGCCAGUGAUUUUCGAUCAUCAAUCGACGAACCAACCUCUCCUCUUCUCUCCAGUUACAUCGACGCUCGUCCUCUCUGUUCCCAUCUCUUUCUCUUCUCUCUCUCCACGCUGGCGUCUCGAUUCUCCUAAUCGGCACGCUCCCUUCCGCUCCUUUGACUGUCCAGAAUCAGCGACAACAGAAGUUGUUGGGGCCAAAUACACACGCGCGUUCAAACGCCCUUGCCUUAUUUUGACGAGCGAGGUGACGCUGCCGACGGAUACAUCUUCAAAGGCAUAGCAAGGACGACGAGGGCGACGACACGAGCGACGCCAAGAUGGGCAUCUCGUUUGGAAGCUACGACAAGAUCUGUGAUGAGGUUGCGCUCAUCGUCUGCCCACUCCUGGGGUCGGACUUGGGUCUGGAGCCGAGCUGCUACUCGAGAAACGUAGAGAUCAACAGCACAGUCAUCUUCCAGCCAGGUGAGUGGGCUAGUCUCCUCGCGAUGAGAAUGUGGGCUGUGGCAGCUUCGAGCGG